AUGAACUAUUUAUUGAUAGAAAAGUCAUUAAUUCAACCAAUAAGUAUGAAAAAUAAAAGCACAAAUUUUUUUAUAUUCAAAAAAAUAAAUAAUCAACUAAUACCUACUAUUUUACCUAAGACAACUCCAACACCUAUCAUUACAAAUCAACUGAAUCCAUGUUGUGUUAAAAAAAUUACUCAACAAAAAACUCAAAGUGUAAAUGUUCAAAAUAAAAGAGCUUGUUCUAUAUGUAGGUUACAAACUUCAACUCUAUACUCUCUAGAAUGUGGUCAUAUUAUGUGUUCAGCUUGCUUUAAAAUUUGGAAAGAAGAAAUGGGAUGUAAUUAUUGUGCUGAAUGUGGUGUUGAGAUUCAAAAAUUAUUUAAGAUUUAA